AACGCACCACGCCUGUCUGCUCUCUAGUUACAGUAUGGCGGCCGGGACUUGCGGAGGAGGACAACUUCUUCUAGAUUCCUUCCAGAAAACUGAAGGAAGGCAACGGCUAUAACUCAAAACCGCCACGGCAAACACGACCUGGACUGAAGUCGACGACGACAGUGCAACUUGUGGCUUGUACCGAGCUUUUUCCUGGAUGAUAAUCGGGCUGGUGUGAUGCGUGAGCACCCGCAGUCAAGAAACUCCCCUGAUUUUUCCGCGUCUGUUUCUGCCCUGACUGUCAGUUAGCCGGCUAGCUGCUCGGUAGCUCACCCCUCUUCUCUCUCUCUCCUUCAAUGCUAACAGUCGCUUGCAGGGCUCCGUAGUAGCCAAACGACGGGCUAGCUUGCUGUUUUUAUUUGCUCCAGGAGACAGGGAUGGCAUUUCGCCUCCAUUCGGUAAGCGAACUGGUCGAGAAGGGCGGGGAGAAAACAUUUGAGGACCUGGAUGAUAAGUUUGUCAGCACUCGUUAGCCUAGCCUAGCCUAGCCUAGCUUGCUGGUACAUCGCCAGAAAACGUUGGCCGACAGUUAGCGCUUCGCCUGUCCACUAGCGAGCUAGCCAAUUAGCAUUUUAGUUGCACAAGGAGAUCUGCUAAUCCCCAGUUCAUCCCGGCUGAGUGCCGUGAACCCUCUGCACCAACUAAUUCAGACGAAGAGUGGGGACUGGGCUGCGUUAGUUGGCGUACAUUUAAUUGACCAUUAAGGUUCUUAUAACUCAGGGUGUUUUGGCUUUCAGUCUUGCUAGGUGUCAUUAGCCAGCUCAUAGGUGUUACUCUGGAGGGAGUGGUAACGUUAGGUAGCUAGCUAAGGUUCCCUGUAUCAGGGCAACAAGGUCACUCAGAUUAUGACAGACUGUAAAUGACGGAUAUAUUAACAGAUGACACAUUACUGAAUGCUAAACGUGUGUGAACCGAUUGGCGUGCUGCACGUUGGGGUGUGUGUCUGUAGUUAGCUCGCUGCAAGACAAGACUCAACACAAGCUAGAAAGCGCGCAAUAAUUUGGUUAACUGAUAGACAUCAGGUAUAGGUUCCUGGACUGACAAGGCAUUUGAUCAGUAGCCGCAGUUAUUGACCUCAGCUGUUGCUAUCUUUGGGGGACUAAAAAUCAAGUCUGUGGUGGCUGACUGGCUUCCUUCGCCUGCUUCAGAGCUGUAAUAGUUUGAUGGACGUGGAGGGCUGUUUGCCAGACUGUCAGUGCUAUACUCAGUCAUGUAUGUCUUGACACAUGGCACCCUGGUCUGUACAUAGUGCCUGCUGUCAGAUAUAAGUGUCGUUAUGUAGCUUUGGUGGACAGUCAGUGAAAGGAAUGUCUUGUCUUUUUUAUACCUGUUGGUUUGUUUUUUAUUUUCAUUUUUUUCAAACACAGGAGAGUCUUGUUGAAAUAAAGUGGGAAAGCGGUGCAGCCCGGGCUGUGUACAGUGGACAAUGUUUAUUAGUUAGUGCCUAGACACUUAGAGGACUAGCCAUUCUGCCUACACAUAGGCCCACAGUUAUUGUAGAUUAUUCAUUGGGGAUUGCAACAGAAGCCUGUCACUCUGGAUCAAGAAAACUUGUCCCUCGUCUCUGGUUGGAGUAAUACUCUCAAGCCAAAAUCAAUGCCUUCAGCGCUGGCCGUGUUCGCCUGCCGACCCAACUCGCAUCCAUUCCAGGAGCGGCAUGUGUACCUGGAUGAGCCGGUCAAGAUCGGCAGGUCGGUGGCUCGGUGCCGCCCAGCCCAGAAUAAUGCCACCUUCGACUGCAAGGUGCUGUCCAGGAAUCAUGCCCUGGUUUGGUUCGACCACAAGACUGGCAAGUUCUACCUGCAGGACACUAAAAGCAGCAACGGGACGUUCAUCAACAGCCAGAGGUUGAGUCGCGGCUCGGAGGAGAGUCCGCCCUGUGAGGUCCUCUCUGGAGACAUCAUCCAGUUUGGUGUUGACGUCACUGAGAACACACGCAAAGUCACCCAUGGCUGCAUCGUGUCAACAAUCAAACUCUUCCUACCUGAUGGGAUGGAGGCACGCCGUCGAAGCGAUGUCAUCCAGGCUCCGUUACCACUACCUGUAGACAAGGUUGCAGCCAACACUCCCAGUAUGUAUUCUCAGGAACUGUUCCAGCUCUCCCAGUAUCUACAGGAGGCCUUACACAGAGAGCAGAUGUUGGAGCAGAAGCUAGCCACUCUGCAGCGUCUGUUAGCCACCACUCAGGAGGCCUCAGAGAGCAGCUGGCAGGCUCUGAUUGAUGAGGACCGUCUGCUCUCUAGACUGGAAGUGAUGGGCAGUCAGCUACAGGCUUACUCUAAGUCCCAGACAGAGGAAGGGAUCCGCAAGGAGCUCUUGGCUCUUCAGGAGGACAAACACAACUACGAGACGACGGCAAAGGAGUCUCUGAGGAGAGUCCUGCAGGAGAAGAUCGAGGUGGUCAGGAAGCUGUCAGAGGUGGAGCGCUCGCUCAGUAACACGGAGGAUGAGUGCACCCACCUGAAGGAAAUGUCUGAGAGGAACCAGGAGGAGCUCAGGGAGCUCGCCAACAAGUACAACGCUGCUGUCAAUGAGAUCAAAGAACUCACAGACAAAAUCAAGGCAGCGGAGGGCCGGCAGGAGGAGCUGACCCAGCGGGGGGCGACCGAGAAGAGGGAGUUGGAGCUGCGGAUUGAGGAGAUGGAGGAGAAGGAGCAGGUUCUCCAGGCUCGCAUUGAGGCUCUGCAGGCCGACAACGACUUCAGCAACGAAAGGCUCGCCGCUCUGCAGGUGCGGUUAGAACAGCUUCAAGAGAAAAGCAUUAAAGAGAACAACAGUCUGGAUGUCGACAUUGUCUCCCAUGGACCGGUAGACGAGCCUGUCGAGGACAAACAGAGCCAGCAGACAUCUGAGAGCCGCGAGGAAGACGAAGAUGAGGAGGAUACAGACACCGAUGAUGGUGCAGUUGGUGAAGAUGAAGAUACUGAUGACAACUGUCACGUUAACAACAGCGGAGGAGACUCGACUAGAAUCCAACAGUUGAUUGAGUGUCCGCCCGUCAAACAGCUGAAGGAGACUGUAAGUUCUUCAAUCCACAAACUGGCCAACUUUGAUGAAGUGAUGGACGCCCACCUACAGAACAACCAGACUGCAGAAGACGACAUCCUGGCCAGUCCUGAUCGACUCAAAGGGAAUCAGAUGGAUGCCAAAGAGUCAGACAUGUCAGACACUCUGAGUCCUAGCAAAGAUCGCAGCAGUGACGACACGUCAGACGGCAACAUGGACGACCAGGAGCUGAAUGAACCACAGAACAGAGUAGCUCUGCUCAAAGCUGAGUUGCAUCGGGCCGGUCUAGAGCCUGGAGACACGGAGCAGGUCAUCCACCAUCUCCACAGAGAGCUCCUGGAGGCCCAGGAAUUAGCCAACACCGGCAAGCAGAAAUGUCUGGAGCUACAAGCUCUGCUGGAGGAGGAGAGGAGGAGUAACUCUCAUCUGACUGAGGAGUCAACCAAACAGAUCCAGUACCUGCAGACUCAGCUCGGGAAGCUGCAGGCUGACAUGGAGGCACUGAGGGAGCAGAGGGAGAGCACCAUCUGCAGCACCAGAGAGGAGCUCUACUCUGCCCAGGAGGAGAUUCUCGUCCUGCGUCACGCUAUGGAGGCAGCCACGGCGGAGCGGGAGCGUGAAAUCGCCGCCCUGCAGGCCGACCUGGGCAGCGUGCGCUCUGAGCUGGAGCACUGGAGGAACACGGCCGCCAAAUACGAAGAGGAGAUCAGCCGGCUGCAGGAGGCCUUCACACAGCAGCAACAACAGCAGAACACUGCCAACCAGUUACAGGUGGAGUGUGUAGCGUUGCAGCAGCGGUGUGUGAGUUUGCAGCAGGACUGUGAUGGCCUGAGAGCUGAACGGAAAGCUCUCAUGGACAAACUGCACCGCCUGGAGGCUGAGCUCAGCAGCACCAGGGAGCAGAGUCUGGUCCUCAGCAGCAGUCUGGAGUCUCUGGAGAAGAGGGAGGAGGUUCUGCAGGACAAACUAGGUUCUCUGGAGAACCAGCAUCUGCAGGACGCAAGCAGGCUGAAGAGCCAGCUGGACCAAGCCCAGGCCCGCACACACACACUGCAGAGAGAGUAUGAAGACACACAGUCCCAGCUGUUGGACCUCCGUCAGCGUUAUGAGCGAACAGAACAGGAGAAGCUGAACAUCCACCAGGAGCUGGAGCAGUGCAGGAGCAGUCUGAAGCUGCUGCAGGACAAGACCAGCUCUCCAUCCAUAUUGCAGCCUGUCCAAGCCAUAUUCAUGGGCCUUGUCCUGGCUCUGCUCUACUGGUGUUUCGGCCAGUUGUGGUAGAAAGAGCGGCUGGAGCCCCUGGAUGCCGGUCAUCGCAGUGAUGGUCGCCGUGACGGCAGCCGUCCUCUACCCCAACCUCUCCAAGAGCAGCUCCACUUAGGAUACACAAACAAACACACACACACACACACACACACACAGAGAGAGCGCUGUGAGGAGAGCAUCACUGCUUUACUUGUAUAAAGUCUAAUUGUACAUAAUUGUAGAGGGAAUAUAAAGGUUGUGGUUUCUACAGAGGAUUCACAUGCUUUUUGGUUUAUUUUGUUUUUGUGUUUUGUUUUUUUCUGCGACGGGGAGUUUUUGUUGUCGUUUUUAUUCUCGGCUCUCUCUCAGCUGUGGUGGUGGGGCUUUUUGGUUUCUUUGUCUCUCUGCUGAUUUCUGGGUAACAAAUCGUUCUCCACCGGGCCGAGCUUCCACACACCACACAUACAAACAGACAACCCACCUAUGAUUACGCAUUCACAGUGCAACGCUUUCCAGCAGCCUCAGUGCAGUCAGGGGAACUUGAUCCAUGUUAUAUCACUGAAAUGACUGGUCUGUUAUUUCUUAAUAUUCAGAAUCUUCCCAUGUUUCUCUUGACUUUGAACCACCUCCAUAUUCAGCUUUAAUUUCACUCAUUUAAUUCUUCAAACCUGCUCAAUCCUCUCACUUUCCUCCUAAAAAUGUCUCUUAAGUACGAGUCAUCUGUUGCUUUCUCACAGCAACGUGAUAACUUUUGGAUUUUAGCUGCUGAUAUUUGGUGCCGGUAUACUUUAAAUAUUUGAAUUCAGCCUUUUUCAUCUCCUUGUCUUGUCAGUGUCGAAUGUGUUUGAUUAAAAUAAUAUUUAAGCACAAACAGUGAUAAAACCAGGGUAUCAGUUCACCUCGUUCGGUACUGUAGUCAGCCGUGUGCCUGAGUCUGCUGGACAGCGGCAGGUUCAGGAAGCCCUGCUCUGGUCUGGUUUUAGUCGGCCAUGUUGGACGUCUAACAUGGUGUUUUCUCUGUGUUUUUUUUUUCCUUUUUUCGGGGAGUUUUUGGGGUUGGGGUUAAAACUUGAAGCCAAAUUAUUAAAGAUGAAAAUCUGAUUUAUUUUCUUUGCUUUUUUUUAUUUUGGGGGGGGGCACAGAUAAAGGGGGUCAAAGUGCCUCUGAUGUAACUAACUAACACCACAGUUUGUGUAUGUGUGCGGGCAAACACAACCACACAUGCACACAGACAGACACAUGCACACACACUUUGUCUGAUGAACACACACACACAAGCCUACACACUUAGUUUAUCUGUCUGUCAGAGGUCUGUCGGUGUUGAGUGUGGAGAGAAGCUGUACCUAUUUAAUCUGCAAUGUCUUACCAGCUUUUUCCUGGAGCUUUCAGCUGCUACUCCUGGCCUUCAGAAGCGUGAGUAGUUAGCACAGUUGUCAUAAACCAACUGCAUGAUGACUGAGCUAAGUCCGUGCCAGUGGAACCUGUGAUUUGGGAGGUUAAAAGCUGCAAAAAUAUCUCGUAAGUGGACCUUAAGUCAAGAUUUUGUCAAAUCAUUAUUGUGGCUUCGUCCCAAUAAUUCACAUCAAGCUGAAUGAUGAUUUUUAGCCACGUUAGCGUCUUUGAUGUUCGUCUGUUGGCUCAAACACUUGACUGAAAUAUGUUGAAGUUGAAAUACGGUUCCCUGAGGAUGAAGCCUGUUGACGUAGCUGGUUUUCUUACUUUUCAUCUAGCGCCACCAUCUGGUCAGAAUAUCUACUUGAGUUCAUGGCAGGAUGGCUUAUUAGUAUAUAAACUGUCCUCAUGUUGAUAAGUUACUGUUUGCAGCUUGUUAAUACAAUAACACCUUCUAAGAUACCAUGUAGAGUUAACCUGUUGACAGAGUUCUUAUUUAUGUUAAGUGCUGCUGACCAAAACUCAUUGCUGCCAAUUUGUCCCGGUGGUCACUCAUGGUACUGCACGUAACAAUACAAUCUUUUUUUGGUUUAUGUGCUUUGAGAGAAAUUUCUAGUCAAGUGAAAGGUGCCAUCUUUAUAUUCAGUAUCCAGUUUGUACAAUACAUCCAUGGUGUCCUUUAUAGCCUGAGACCUUUAGCAUGAAUGUAUCGCUUUACCACGUGUUGACAGAAAGAGCCAAGUCUACCAGAGAAUACCUUUGACGCUAUACAAAUGAUAAUGCUUUGUUCAUGUCCAAUCUGAGUUUUUGUAAUGAUCACUUUUUGAACAUCCAGAACAUACUUUCAACCAGGAAACUCAUAUUUUUAUUUAAAAAAAAAAAAACAAGCUUUGAUAUUCGACUCAAUGGUGCUUAAUAAACAGGAGCGUCAACCUGGACGCCAUACAGUGCUUUCACCUCAAAUCCUUUAAUCCCAGAUGUAACAGGUACAGUGUUGUAUUUUCGGAGCACAGUAUUUUUAACCCUCACACAACUAAAUCUGUAGAACUGGAUCUCUCCAGAGUCUACAUCCAUCUAAUAUGACAUGAACAUAAACCUCUAAUUAAGGGAACAACAUGGUUAUUUCCUCUGGCACCAUCCUCAGGACAAGCUGCAUUUUUUUUCAUCUAAGGAUAACAAAGUUGCCUCCAGUUUUCAAGAUUAUUUUUUCAUUAAUUUCUUCUGAAUAAUUAACCUUACAGCAUCACUAUAGACAUGAAAACAUCAAGCAGUGAUUCAUUUUUUUCAUUUUCAGCUCAUAAAAAGUCUGAACUGAAACUGAAAAAGGUCCUUAUUAUCAAGAUUGUUUUAUACGUGUUUGAAUAUUUUUCUGUGACAAAUGUCACUGCUUCAUCUCCUCUCCAUAGUCCAACAGACCUUUUAACAGACAUUAAAUUAUUUCAAAGUGUGUAUUAGUGUGUGUGUUUGGUGUGUGUUUGUGUAUGUCGGUUCACACACACUCUGGACUCUUGAGCAGCGUUUGUCAUCAUUCGUGUUACUCUGUCUUGUCUCUGUGUUUAAAAGAGAAAAAAAAGAAAAGACAACGAACAAAUAUUCCUGAUGUUUAAAGAGAAAAACACUACAGUACAGAGAGAGAAUUGUAAAAUAAAAUGUUAUUGAAUGAUGUGCUACUAGACUUAUUUUGUUAAAAUUGUUUAGAGAUAUGAGAGGGAGCUAUGUAGAGGAAUAUGAUGAUGAAGAUGAUGUUGAAUAUGCAGAGCAAUGUUUGGAUUAAAGUUGUAGCAAGCUGACCCACCA